AUGUCGACGCCUUCCAAACGACCUUCGUCUCGUGCAUCGUCAGAAGCAGCAACUCCAUCUCGCAGGACGAGAUCAUCGCAGCAACUUGUAGUUCCUGAAACUCCUCAACGGUCUACGGGGACUCCUUCCAAAGAUGGCACACCUGGAACACCACGCCAAACACCCAGGACACCAAGUCAACAGGCCCCUGGUACCUCACCAGCUAGAGCCCUACCAUCCAGUCCACUUGGUACAGAUAUAGACAUGAGUUCCCCAUUGAACUAUGGCACACCAAGUUCAUUAAGUACUCCUCGGUCACUUCUAAGAGGAGCUAUGACACCAGCACGACAAAGAGCUGAUUUAAGGGGUCAUCAGACUGCACCAAAUGUGCCAGCUCCUACACCCUCAAGAUUGGUAGAAGCAGACAAUGCAGAGCCUUCAAGUGAACCUCAAUUAGUAGUAUGGGGUACAGAUGUGGCAAUUGCCGAAUGUAGAGAAAAAUUUAUAAAGUUUAUACAAAGAUUUGUAGAACCUACUGCUCUUACUAACGAGGCCUUAUAUGAAUUGAAGUUGGAAGAGAUUCAUACAUUGGAAGAACCAUUCCUAGAUGUAGAUUGUGAACAUGUGAAAAUAUUUGACUCUAAAUUACACAGACAACUUAUCAGUUAUCCUCAAGAGGUGAUACCAGCAUUUGAUGCUGCAGUAAAUGAGUUAUUCUUUGAAAAAUAUCCAGCUGCAGUAUUGGAACAUCAAAUACAAGUGAGGCCUUUCAAUGCUCCACAGCGUCACAUGAGAGACCUUAAUCCUGAAGAUAUUGAUCAACUAGUAACAAUCUCAGGCAUGGUAAUCCGCACAUCAGGCAUUGUGCCUGAAAUGCGAGAAGCAUACUUCAAGUGUGCAGUAUGUGGUGCUGCGGCAGCAGGGGAGUUGGAACGUGGGAGAGUUCCAGAGCCUUCACACUGCUCACACUGUAAUACAGCUCACAGUUUCCAGCUCAUUCACAAUCGAUCACAUUUCAGUGAUAAACAGCUGGUCAAACUUCAAGAGUCACCAGACGAUAUGCCAGCGGGACGCACACCGGCCACAGUGAGCGUGAUGGCGCACGGCGCGCUGGUAGAUGGCGUGGGCGCGGGCGAGCGCGUGGCCGUCACCGGCGUGUUCCGCGCCGCGCCCGCCGCCGUCAACCCGCGCCGCGCCACGCUGCGCGCGCUGCAUCGCACGCAUCUAGACGCCUUGCAUUAUAAGAAGGCCCAUAGUGAUCGCUUCUUGGAGACUGAAGAGGGUAAAGAACACCAGUUUCCACCAGAACGUAUAGAACUGUUCAAAGCACUUGCCUCCCAAUCAGAUUGCUACGAGCGUCUCGCCCGCGCCAUCGCACCUUCUAUAUACGAAAAUGUAGAUAUUAAAAAAGGAGUGCUUUUACAACUACUUGGUGGGACUAAGAAGAACUUUAAUGCAGCUGGACGCACACAUUUCAGAUCAGAAAUAAACAUCCUGCUGUGCGGUGACCCGGGCACCAGCAAGUCGCAGCUACUGCGCUGGGUGCACGCGCUGGUGCCGCGCGCGCAGUACACGUCGGGUCGCGGCUCCUCUGCCGUGGGGCUCACCGCCUACGUCACCAAGGACCCGGACACGAGGCAGCUCGUCUUGCAGACGGGUGCAUUAGUUCUUGCUGACAACGGAAUAUGCUGUAUCGACGAAUUCGACAAAAUGAAUGACUCCACACGCAGUGUCCUUCAUGAAGUCAUGGAACAGCAAACUCUAUCAAUCGCGAAGGCCGGCAUCAUCUGUCAAUUGAACGCCCGCACUUCGAUCCUUGCUGCGGCUAAUCCCGCGGAAUCACAAUGGAAUAAGAACAAAACUAUCGUCGAAAAUGUACAACUACCUCACACUUUGAUGUCUAGGUUUGAUCUGAUAUUCUUAGUUUUGGACCCGCAAGACGAAGUUUUCGACCGACGUCUAGCAUCACAUCUCGUUUCACUUUACUUCGAAGAUCCAGCUGACACACAGGAUGAUGAAGACGUUGUGAACAUGAGUCUAAUGCGGGAUUACAUAGCGUUCGCCAAGGAGCACGUGCAGCCCGUGCUGAGUGAAGCCGCGCAGCAGAGGCUCAUCGAUGCCUAUGUUGAUAUGAGACGAGUAGGCAGUGGUCGUGGACAGAUAUCCGCGUACCCGCGUCAGCUAGAGUCUCUCAUACGUCUGGCCGAAGCGCACGCUCGUGUGCGGCUCUGUCCUGUGGUUGAAAUUGUGGAUGUUGAUGAAGCAGCCAGGUUACAUCGCGAAGCCCUAAAGCAGUCUGCCACAGAUCCAGCAUCGGGUCGCAUAGACGUGGGCAUCCUCACCACGGGGCUGGGCGCGGCCGCGCGGCGCCGCAGGGCCGACCUCGUCAAUGCACUCAAGGAUAUUAUAAAGCCGUAUAACAAACCCCAUACUAUCACACAUGUUAAAUUGUUGCAAGAGGUCAAUACUAAUUCGCAAAUUACGGUAUCACGAGACCAAUUAGAUGAAGCAUUACGAGACUUACAAGAUGAGGGCAAGGUCGUUAUCGUCAGCCACACACAUUUAAGACUUUGU